GUUUUCCAUUCAUCCAUUCAUUCAUUCCCGUCUUUCGAUCUAACGUCGGGAAGCUGCGACUGGAGCUGCUGCAUCCAGGGCUGUCUCAAUUGAAUUGGACCGCAACCGAAUUGGACUGAGUUGAGUUGAGUUGACUUGUUUCGCAGCUGCCAGUCUGUUUGGAAAGCCGCCCAAUUCCAAACCGCAAAGAUGGCGACAGAAUUGGGCCGUGUCGCCAACGCGGCACUCAGAUCCGCCAGGCUAUCGCCAUCAUUCCUAUCUACCCCGUCGAGUCGCAGGCAAUUACCAUCGUCUGCUCUCGCAUCGGCUUUCCACAAUCUGAGCAUCGACAGCACACACAAGCGCUAUGCUUCAGCCUGGACCUCCCCCUCCAGGUCUGCCAAGUCGGCCUAUGCCCCUGAGGAUGCCGAUGUCACAAAGCCAACCACCACUCCUCAGCGCCCGUGGCGAUCGUCCGCUGCUACCCCCGUCAUCCCUGACCCCGAAACCGCAAAGCCCGAGCCUGCCUUUGAUGACGAGGACAUCGUCCGCGAUUACACCUUCAACAUCGGUGACCUGACCAGCAACAGGUCCUAUUCCGAUAGCCUGACUUCCAUGACCACUACGUACCCGGAUAUCCGCUGUGUACCCCGCACCGGCCGCUCUGUUCAGGUCGGCAAGGGAGCUGAUGCCGCCAGGACCCUCAAGCUCCUGAACAUGCAAUGUGCCGCCAACAGAGUCAGGCAGGACUUCCAGUCUCAGAGAUUCCACGAGCGACCCGGUUUGAAGAGGAAGAGGCUCAAGAGCGAGAGGUGGCGAAGGAGAUUCAAGAAGGCUUUCAAGGCCACCUGCAAGCGAGUCGAUGAGCUGAGACGACAAGGAUGGUAAACGUCAGAUACUGUACCCGAGUCUCUUCAAAGACCUCUCUUCGACUUUCCUACCAGGAACAGCAAACUGUAUCAUAUUCUACAUCCGGCUUACAUAUCAAAGGGCGCGGGUGGUAUAGACGGGUCUGUAAGAUCAAUUGUACACAUGAACAAGAAAAAAAAUUGAAGAAGAAUCCAGGCGC